AUGGAGAGACAGUCGCAUCUGCGUAGAUGGAUCAAGAAGUUGGAAGUCCCGUCCGAGCCAGGCGUCACUGCGACCCAGCUCAUGCUCAUUAACCAUGAUCUCAAACCUGUCGAGAAGGAGCGGCGACAAUGGGGCUCGUGGAACUUUGUUGGGUUUUGGAUUGCCGACUGCUUCAACAUCAAUACCUGGAUGAUUUCAUCGUCCAUGAUUGUUGGUGGUUUGUCGUGGUGGCAAGCCUGGCUGUGCGUCUGGCUCGGCUACUUUUUCUCCGCCUGCUUCGUCGUCCUCAUCGGGCGCACCGGAGCCGUCUACCAUAUUGGCUUUUCCGUUGUGAACCGCGCACCGUUCGGUAUCUGGGGCAGCAUGUGGCCCGUUUUCAAUCGUGCUGCCAUGGCAUGCAUAUGGUACGGCGUUCAGGCGUACAUUGGCGGCACCUGCGUCUAUCUGAUGAUACGCUCUAUAUGGCUAUCCUGGGACAGGACCAAGAUGCCAGGGCCUUUCGGCACCGAUGCGACCAGCACGCCCGACUAUGUCUCGUUCGUCAUCUUUUGGCUGUGUUCCCUGCCUGCACUCUGGUUUCCUGUGCAUAAAAUCAGGCACCUCUUUACCGUGAAAGCCUUUGUGGUACCGCCGGUCGGCAUAGCAUUUCUCAUCUGGGCCGUGGUGCGUGCCGGUGGUGUUGGCCCGAUUGUUCGACAACCUGCCACCAUUUCUGGUAGUGAUCUCGCCUGGGAGUUCAUCAAGGGAAUCAUGUCCUCUAUUGGAAACUUUGCUGCCUUGAUUAUCAAUAAUAGCGAUUUUUCUCGCUUUGCUCGCCAACCUCGGGCCGCUCUAUCCCCUCAGCUGCUGGCUAUCCCGGUUGGGUUUGCCGUGACUUCCUUCAUCGGUAUCAUUGUCUCCUCUUCAUCCAUGCUCAUCUAUCAAGAGGCAGUUUGGAACCCCCUUGAUCUUCUAGGCCACUUCAUUGAAGGCGGCGGGUCUGCCCAGCGAUUUGGCGUCUUCGUUAUUGCCCUAGGCUUUGCCCUCGCCCAACUUGGAACUAAUAUUGCCGCCAACUCCGUUGCUGCAGGCACUGACAUGACGGCCCUGUUCCCAAAGUUCAUCAAUAUCCGUCGAGGAAGCUACAUUUGCGCGGCAGUGGCGCUCGCCAUGUGCCCAUAUAACCUUCUAUCCAGUUCCAGCAGCUUCACCACCUACCUGUCGGCUUAUAGCGUGUUUCUUUGUUCAGUUGCUGGCGUCAUGGCGGCAGACUACUAUCUUGUGCGUCGUGGUUACCUGAACACCCGCGAGCUCUACAGCGCGAGCAAAACUGGCCCAUACUAUUAUAAUUACGGUAUUCAUUGGCGCGCCUAUGUAGCGUACAUUUGCGGGAUUGCCAUUAACGUGGUCGGGUUUGCUGGAGCCGUUGGUCGAGAGGUGCCUAAAGGUGCCACGUAUAUAUAUAACCUCAACUUCUUUUGUGGAUUCGCCGUCUCAUCCCUUGUGUAUUGGGCUCUUUGCAAAGUGUCUCCGAUUCCUGAGACCAGCGACACUUGGAUGGAAGUUGGCGAUGCCCUUGAUGACAGGGAAAUCGGCUAUUCUCAGGCCAAAGAACUAGAGGCUGAGGUUGAUGGUGGAGAAAAAGGAACUGAUACAAGUCGUGAAACAGUAUAA